UGAUGAACAGUUUACAUGGUUAACACAGGGGAUAAUCCAGUUGCAAGUGAACAAAAUAAUAGGCCCAGCUAUCAUUAGUGUUCAAAACAAUCGCAUCAAGUAUGGAAACAAAUUUAGAAAAAACAAUGUACAAUGUUGAAAAAACAGAAAAAAAGGCAACAGAGCAACAUAAAAGAUUGGCAAAUUUUAUCAAAGGAACUCAUGGCCAAUUGAGAAAUAAUUCUAAAAUUUACGGGGCAAUUGAAGCUUGGAAAAGACACAUAGCUGAAAAGGAAAAAUUAAAGGAAUAUGCAGAAUGUAUGCAUAAACUUGCUACACAACAUUGGACUCAAAACAGUACCGACCUAUCUUUAAAUUACUCAAGAAUCGAGUGGAUAAAAAACCAAAUUAAAAACUAUUUUUUAUACCAGGGAGUAGAAAAGUUUGAUAAUAAAGAAAUUAGUCUAAUGAAGAGUACAUUGCAAGAACAGGAAAAUAUUGAACUAAGAAUUAAAACAUCAUACAACUCAAAACUUGAUAUUCUUGAUGUUGGUAGUUGUUACAAUCCAUUUGAAAAUGAAAGUUUUUUCAACGUGACACCAAUUGAUAUAGCUCCAUAUUCUGAAGAUGUUAUAAAAUGUGAUUUCUUAAACUUAAAAGUUGAUAAUCAAAAAACUUUUUCCAAUGAUGGAGAACUUAUAGAGCUUCCUAAAAAUUCAUUUGAUGCUGUAAUAUUUUCUUUGCUCCUUGAGUACAUACCUUGUCCAAAAUUAAGAUUUUCAUGUUGUCAAAAAGCAUUUGAUUUGUUGAAAUAUGGUGGGAUAUUGCUUAUUAUAACUCCUGAUUCUAAACAUCAAGGAGCUAAUACAAAAAUUAUCAAUACAUCUUGGAAAGCUACGUUAUCAAAAGUAGGAUUCAUGAGAACGCAUUACGAAAAAUUACCUCACAUCCACUGUUUGAUUUUUCGUAAAUGCUUUUUUAAAAAAGCAGCAAUAAAACGUAUUGAUUGGAGAAAAAUUUGUCUGAAUGAUGAAGUGUUUACAGAAAAUAAAAUAUUCAUACCUCAAGAUUUUCAAUCUAGAACCGAAAAAGAUUCCGAUUCAAAUUCAAUUAAAGAGAGAGAUGACAAGAAAAUUGUAUCAUCAUUUAUGCAACUACCAUUCAAUGACUAGUUGAAAUAAAUGUUUUAAUUUGAAAUAAAUAUGAAUUAUUUUUAAAUUUCAUUUUUAGUCAUUAAAGUAACUUCGACCAAAACUUAUGAAAAACAACAUUUUAUUUUAUUAUCAGUCAUUAUAUUUUUACAAUCAUGAUAGUUAUAUUUGUAUAAAAGGAAUGAAAAAUUGGAAUCAUUUAGUAGCUACUAGAAUUAGAAUUAGACAAAAUAUCUUUUAAAAGCAUUAAAAGCACUUAAAAAAUGAAGGAAAAAUUUACAUUGUAAAUCAAGCUUUCCUGUACAUUGUUUAGCAAAAUGGUUAUUCAUUUAAAAUUGACAUAAGCCAUACAUUAACUACAAUAAACAAAAGCAUUUCAUAUUAUUUUUUCAUUUUACAUUUUUUGGACUGCUUAAAAAUAGAUUCGCAUGAUAAUUAAUGGUCAAGUCCUCAUAAAAAUUAAACUUAGGCUUAUCUUAAAAUUUUUAAGUUUCAACAAAAACGUUUC